AUGCCGAAUGGAACCUUAACCUAUCAGUUAAUGAGUUCAAUUCAAGGUACUGGUUAUAUCACGUACAAAGCCCUACCACAACACCUUCACUCAUCUGAGCAAAGCUUUCUUGAAGGAACCAUCCUGCAAAUCGGUGAGAUCAGCACAUGCCGGUCAGCGCCAACUCCUUCCCAGGGUGCCAGUGGUGCCCCUGGCAUCGGAGGAGCCCCUCUCCAGACCAAUGUGACUAGCAAUCGGAGGCUGCAACAGACUCAAGCCCAAGUGAAUGAGGUGGUGGACAUAAUGCGCGUCAAUGUGGACAAAGUACUAGAAAGAGACCAGAAACUUUCAGAGCUUGACAAUCGAGCAGAUGCACUGCAAGCUGGCGCCUCACAAUUUGAAACAAGUGCGGCCAAGCUUAAGAGGAAAAACUGGUGGAAAAACUGUAAGAUGAUGAUCAUCCUGGGUGUAGUAUGUGCAGUCAUUCUUAUUAUACUUAUAAUUUAUUUCUGCACCUGAACCACUGAGGACAAAAGGUUUUGUGUGGAUUUGUUCAAGUGACCUGUUUUCUGAUAAUCAUCCCUCCCAAUGAAACCUUCUUUUUAAUUCCUCUUGUCUUGGGGGCUGUGAGCCUGCAAGAGUAUGUAAGA